UCUGUGAUUAUCACUAAUAGAAUUUUUAUUAUAAAUUUUUAGAUGUUAUCAUUGCAUUUUACGGACUUAUUUAUGUUUUUGAAUGCAGAUCGAACCGCGGCGUAAAUUAUGAUAUAAUGGCCACUUUGGAAAAUAGGUUGAGUCGUAGAAAAGGUAAACAUGAUGGUGAUACUUAUAGGUUAGACACUAAGAAAUCACCAGAAGAGAAUAUAAUUGAGAUUAUAAAAGGUCUGUAUUCAAAAAAGCCGUUCCAUAGAGAUAGUUCCACUUCACCCACCAACAGAAAUGUGCCUAAUGAGAGAUUAGGAUUAAGACCUCAAAAAAGUAGUUCUGACAGCUACAGAUGGUCCUACUUAGAGGCAUUAGUCACACUACUGCAUAAGGAAGACAGGAAUAACCUAGGAUUUACUCCUGAUGAGUUGAUGACAUGCAUUCGCAUAAGUCUUAUUGACGAGUCAAUGGUUAUAAGAGCAGCUGGAUUAAGAGUCCUAAGAUAUUUAAUAAAAACAGAGGGUGACGUGGCUACCUUCAACCAUUUAAAACUGCCUUAUCUCGUAAUAAGGUCAAUGGACUUGAUGCUCCGUAAUGAAGAAGAGCGUGCGCAAGCAUUGAAAGUUGUACGACGUGUGAUUGCUGUUGUGGGGGCUGUCGAACAGGGACACAGACGGCUUCGCGCCGCUUACAUCGACCAAGGUCUUCUACGAUGUCUGGCUGCCGUUGCCAGGGCCGGCAGUGCUGGGGACGGCAGUGGCGAUAGAUUGUCUAGGCCCGCUAUUGCGACUCUAGCCGAGAUAUGCGUCCUUAACCCGGAUCUUUUCAUAUCUUGCGGUGGAGUGACAGCAGUAACGCGGCAGUUGGCCGAAUGUGCUACCCCGCGUAUGGCGGAGGCGCUGUGUGGGGUGCUGUUGCACACACUCAAUGACCCAAAGUCGCGUAACGCUGCGCGAAUAGACCUCACGUGCCUCAACUCUCCGUACUGCGACUUCCACUUCAGACCUGCGGGGACUGAUACCAGCAGGGAUGAACGCGAAAUGCGGUUUACAUGCAGUCGACUGGCAUUGCUGUGCGUAUUGCGCAGUUGGCCGGGUUUAUUGCACUUCUGCCACCCGUGCAGUGCGGGCGGACUUCACGCCUUGGUUGCGGCUCUGUAUUUACCGCGGUUAGAGGUCCGAAAAGCCAUUUUGGAUUUGCUGUAUGAGCUGGUCGGAUUGCCCCAACCAGACUGGACAGACGAAAUUUCCGUUGCUAUAGACGCUGUCGAUCCUGCUGAUUUUCAAGAUUCUUGGCGACUGAACGAAGGUUUCGUGGCGGCCGAAGGAGUUGCCAUUUUACCUCACCUAAGUGCUACUGGCCCUGAUAUAAUUGAAAUUCAUCUUGCACUCCUACUUCAGUGUUUCAUAGAGGCUGGCCUUCUAGACGGAUUAGCCGAAGUUAUAGUGUCAAGUGAUACAUUUAUAUCGGUCAGAGCGACAGUAUUGUUAGGCCAACUAUUGCAUUUAAUACACCUGUUCCUACCACCGCAAAUAUGUAACUUAACACCAGCACUGCCCUCCCUAAUAUCGCAAGCGUCGGCCGGGAAGCCACAAGCUUUAGCAGCGGUCGCGGCUCUGAGACGCCUGCACUCGAUGUUCGAAUCGCGGCCUGCGAGCAACAGCCUGUUCCUAGACCACAUACUUCAGUAUUGUAGUGGUGCAUUUAAGUCUAAGAUAGAAGAUACCUCAAAGAGUCGAAAGGAGAAGGACAAUAGAGCGAGUAAAGCCAGACCGAUGUGCUCACUCGACUUACACAAAGACAACAGCGUCGAGUUCCUGAACGAAUCAGACACGGAGUGCGAGCCGAAGAGACACAGCAUCGGUUCGAGGGCCGACGUUGCAAUAAGGAGAAAUGUUAGUGCAUUAGUGAAAAGUACAAGUGUCGGCUCACGGACUAGUUCCGCGGUGGGUAAAGUGACGAAAACCGCGAAGUUCUUCAGUUUCUUCGAGCGAGGGGACAGUGAUAGUUUAAUAAAAUCAUCACUUGUGAUGCAAAACAAAGAUGGCAAUACUUGGAAUUGGGAAAUCAUUCGGACUAUUUUAAAGGAAACUGACAGCUCUCCUCUCUUGAAUUUAAAUGACAGCGGUCAUAGAGAAUGGGCCAGUAGGAUUAUUAACUACUUGAAACCGUCCUCGAAUAAGUAUUCCCACACGGAUCUAUCGACCACGUGUAACGGACAUUCUCCCACACGCGCUGGCUGUCAGUUGAUACGACAUCUGUUACGUCACAAUGAUGUUGAUACCCAAAGGAUGCUGAAAGAUCUCUUCAUGGAUGUGAGCCAUCAAAUAGAGGCGAUACAGACGGGUCGGAAAGCCCACGAGUGUCUUUUUAGCCCGCAGCACAUGUGCAACACUAUGUGCCAGAUGUACUUCCUCUUCAUUGGUCAGCUGUGCCACUCGUACACUGGGCUGCGAUUGUUCAAACAGACUGGGCUCUACGAAAAUCUCCUAGAACUAUCCACUAAAACUCACCAUAGUUGUUACGUUAAAUUAGUUAUAUCAAGCUUAGAUUACACCAUGGAUUCGAGUCCACGGGACAUACUUGCCAAAACAUUAACAUGCAAUAUCCUAGCGUCAAGAUUAUAUGCAACUCAGUUCCUAAACGUACUCUUAAGAGCCUCGCGAAAGUCUAGAGAUAUGGUGAGGAAAAAGUCCAAACUAAAACAGAAUUUUGUACAAGAGCAUACAAGUUUCAUGCAAAGAGAUGAAAUCGAAGUGACCGGCGGUAUGGAUAUGGAUACAUGGAUUUUGCAAAUGUUGGUCGGACAAAUUAAAGAUGAGUCGAAGGCUGUUGUGAAGUGUGCUCUGAAUAUUCUAGAAGAAGCUUAUAGUUUUCCGCCAUACUUCGACAAGUUAAUGACAAUGAGGGACGCUCUCUGUCAGAACUGUCGGCUCGACAAAGCAGCCGAACCAACAAGUUUGGAUCUCUCUGCGGUGGGGGACAGAGGCUACCUUCUGUGGCUGGGACUAGAAGUGGCGGCCGCUGCGCAUAACGCCGACUCGAACGCCAUAACUUUUGUGAAGAAACACUUGGAUUUUUGGAACAAGUCUUAUAACUAUAGAUACGUACGCCUCAUAGAAGCGGUGGUGCACGAGGCACUUACUCUGUCGGAGGAGUCUCGCAGGCCGCGGAACGCACGCCGGCUGGCUCGGCCGCCACCACACCUGUUCGCCACUCUGGCCGCCCUUUGCGUCCCGCGCACCACUGCUCCGCCGCCCUUCACUAAAGGACUGCUCGCGGCGGCCCUACCGGCACACUAUAAGAUUCUACAGAAAAAGAAAUGUAUUACGGAGCAAGAGAUCGCCGACUUGAAGGCUUCAUUAUGGGCUGUGGGGAAUACUGGUGUUACUCCGCAAGGUCUGCAGCAGUUGAUAAACCUAAGUAACGGUUUGCUAGAAGAUUCUGUACCUGUGCACAUAGUGAGGUUGGCAAGAUACAGCCCGGUGUAUUCCGUACGAGCAACCGCUUUCUAUGUUCUGGGUCUUAUUGGAAGUACUUAUGACGGUGCUAACUUGCUUGCGGAUCUAGGUUGGUUAUGUGUGCGGCACACGAGACACGAUCAGUUCCCAGUAAUACCCGACGACACUUUACCCCUGAUAAUGGACCCGAACGAUACCGCUCAUAGUUGUAUCACCUCGCCUGAUCGACGGUUUAAUGCACUCGACAUCGAUUUAAGCGAACACUCCGACCACACAGACCAGAGCACGGCAGAGAGUUUACAUUCCGAGAAUAUCAAAUUAAGCAGAACAAUAGGAGGCAUAUCCGUGGAUAACGCGGAAAAAGAGCAAGAUGUGGUCGAUUCUAAAACUGCAAUCAUAGAAAGGCGAGAGGACAAAAGGAAAUCACACACACUUCCGACGCAAGGGUCUAGUUCGCACGAAAGAUCGCUCACCGAAUCUAGAACUGUCGACAUACUAAGAGACUGUUCGAGUUAUGAGCGCGCGCCUCAUCGGGUCCACAUUGACAAUCGGUUAGGCAGAAUGAAUUCCCUGGAUUACGCCCGUGAAGCCCGCGUGAGGAACACUAGUGAGUCCAGUACAAGUGGUGUGAGCAGUUGUGAUUCAUUCCUCGGAAAAUAUGCUAUACCGGAUAGAGUGCUGAAAUUGAGUCCGAUACCGAGUUCGUCGAGUUUGUACGGUAUGAAGAGCAAUAGCAGUUCCUACAGGCCACGCAUCCCUGAGCCACAACGAAGAACAUCUACCUCUAGCUAUACACCAGACAUAGGCAGUUCACCUCCAUCUCAAAAGGAUAUGAGCGGAUAUGCCACAAUACAGUCUCUAAACAAACACAGAAGGCCACACUAUGUAUCCGAAAGUGGAGCGAGCGAUAUAGAUGUUCUAACGUGGUUGCCUUACGAUUCCAAUCAAAGGCCCAAACCCUUUUCUUCCCUGCGAGACCGUGCGAAAACCACUCGAGACCGAAUGACUAAGCUCAGUCUUUUAGAAUACGAUUGGAAACCUCUAACGCAAGGGGAGAGUUCCCAAAGAGUUUUCGCGCCAACUUGUACGACAAUACAGGUUGCACCGUCCGGACCACGAUCGCCUUAUUAUAUAGGAAUUUGCUUACCGCGUAAUCUUAUGGAGCUGUUUCCAAUGGACAAUGAUCCUAAAGAUACUGUGGAAGGUGAUAAGGGAAUCAACAGAGGGACUUCUGUCUUAGCCGACUCCACUACGCCGGACCAAAGUAUAGGAUUUACAAAAAGCGCUGAUAUGUCUACAGUUACAUCAACAAUAGGCAACGUUCGUACUACGACACCGAGCGCUUCAGUUGUAGGAAACGCCUCUGAAACGUCACGAAUAGAGGCCAACUUGGCUUUGAUGAGUAAAUUGUAUACAAGCGUGGAGAACAAGAGUGAUAGCGAACCCAAACAUGAUCGGAGCGAGGGAGAUAGUAAUAAAGUUGAAAGUGAAAUAGAUAAUAAAGCAGCUUUAACUGAUUCAAGUGUGGGUAAGAAGAUUGAAGCGAUACCUAGAGAUGAUAGUUCUGCGGUCACGAAUGUGUUGAGCUCGAACCGUAUAUCGGGGAUCAAAGGUGCGGUAUGGAGGCACGCAGCGUCGGAUUGUUUGGCAUGCGUUAGAACACGACCGCCUUCUUCGCAUGAGUUGCGUGAAGCUUUCUUCGCUGAAUUGGAAAGUCCAAGUAGCAGUAGAACUGAGGGGCGAGCAAGUCCAGCUUCGGCUCCCCAGGCGCAAUUGCUUCACCACGUGCUUUUUAUGUCCAACCCUAUACAUUUGCGGCAGGCGCGAUCCGCUCUCCUAACAUUAAAACAACGUCACCCAGACGUUUUCCGAAGCCCGUGCGUAUACUCCGACGUAUGUGCGCUCAUAUCUAGAGACACGUAUAUGCUGUGCGCGCGGCGUUUCCUCCAAGAACUAUUCCUAGACACCAAUUUCGGUUGUUUCCUAAACGAACCAGUGGCCAUCUUGGCACGCCACGUGCCGGUAACUACUCUAUCACCGACCUUUGAAACAACGCAAUAGUAUUUGUAUAUGUUACACUUGUUAUCUAAUCAAGUAUUCAGCAAUUAUAUGGGUGCACGUUAUAACACAAUUAAUUUAUACAUACAUACAUAAUUAUCUUGGUCUGAUGAAACCUGUAAAUGUUAAAAAUAAUGUUAUGAUGCUGAAGCCUGUUCCUUUCCCAAACUCAAAAAAAAAAAAAUGGUGAUCCUCUUUUUUCCGUUUUAUUAUAAUAAAUAGAUAAUAUAUUUGAUUGAUUGAUUAUAAAAUCGAAUCUUUACUUGUUAAUUGCUGAAUACACCAAGAAUAAUAUAUUAUAAUAAUUAAAAAUACUGUCUUGGUUCGAUAUGACUACGUGGAGGUAAAUUUUAUUAUAAUAGCUGAAUAUGUUUAUGAAAAUACAUUAAGUAUUGUGCUUAACAUUAUGGAGGUUUACGUAUUGAAUAAAAAGUUGAGCUUAAAUAGAAAUAGUAGUAUUUCGUUGAUUGUCUGUUACAUGAAUUGUAAGAUUUGUGGGUAAAAAAUACAUGGAAUAAAACCAGUAAAUUUUUAUGACAAUACGAUUAUUUAUAUUACGGUGGCUUCUUUUUAUUUUUCUUCUUGUAAUUAUUAUUUUCGUUUUCGUGUUAUUUUCUCUUGUGAAAAUAAAAUAGAGAAAAGCGGAUUUGAUUUUAUCGUCGGUUAAUAAUUAUAAACACUUUGUAAGAAGUGUGAUUCUGUAUCAAUAUUUAUACACUUUAUGCCACUUUAAGCAUAUGUUAUAUUAUAAAGUAAACAAAAA